AAAUUGCUCUUGUGGUUGCAUUGCAACCAUAACAAAGGCAGCCAAACUAAUAAAGGAAGGAAGAGACUUGACUUGAUUUGAGUGGUCAAAAGCUUGUUAACACAGAACACGAUAAUGGAAAUUCUUUAUCUUCUAUGCUCUAUCAUCUCCAGCUCCUUCACUUCACUCAUACUCUCCCUUCUCCUUCCAUUUCAAGCACUACUACGGCGGCUAGGAACCUCACGCGCCGCAUCUUCCUCCACUAAUGGCGGAGCUGAACCGAUAUCUCUCUACGAAGGUACAGUCUGGCACCAACGCCGGCACCCCGUUAUCCAUUCCUUCAAAUACCAGGUCCGCUACGCGCUUAUCGAUCUCGACCGUGAGUCUCACGCGCCGCCGGGUCACAUUUCCUCCGACGAGGCUCGCCAGUUAACUGACACCGAUGGACCCAUCUUGCUCUUGACAAUCCCUCCUAGUGUGGGGUAUGAACAGAAUCCUUUGAGUGUGUAUUAUUGCUAUGAUGUUGAAGGCUCAUCUACACGUUUGAAGAAGUGCAUUGCUGAGGUAACAAAUACACCAUGGGGUGAAAGAGUAUCUUUUAUUUUCAAUCCGCACUCUGAUUUAGUAGCCAAAGCUUUGCAUGUCAGCCCUUUUAUGGAUAUGCUUGGGAGUUGGAAUAUCAAAGCAAAUGACCCUGGAGAGAAUCUUUCCAUAUCAAUUUCAGUUCAUCAUCCUGAGCAUGGAAACUAUUUUACUGCCAGCCUGAAAGCCAAGAAGCUGUGCUCAUCAUCAGAGCCAGAUCAUGCAGUUUUCUUUUGGUUGAUGCCUCAUAAGGUUGCAGUAUGGAUAUAUUGGCAUGCCAUUAAACUGUGGUGGAAAAAUGUACGAUUUGUCCAACACCCGAGAUAUGCCACACCCACGUACAAGGAGGAAGCUUUGAUACGGGAUAAGAAACUGCAAUGUUGUGGCUUUAGUGAUGAUACCAGACAUCUACAAGAAGGAGGAAGUGACCAGGUUUGUUUAGCAGAAGUAAGUCCUAGAAACAGGCGGUUUAAAUGGACCGAUGCUGAGUGGCCAUGGUCGUAGAACAUAGUAAACAUUGUUUUUGGGUGAUACGAAGCAUUUGUCUUCACUUUUUACUUAUAUGAAACCGUCCCGAACGGUAAUGUUGUAUGCCAGUUUCUGUGGCUAGGGGUGGCCAAUAUAUCUCAUAUUUUUGCA